UAAAGUUAAAUCCGUCCACUCGACCAACACAGGCGUUCUUUAAAUAACCUCGUACUGUGUUUAAUUAUCAUACAAUUGGUGUGUAUGACACGUCGCCUGAGGACUGGACCCUGUUUAUUUGACGAAACUAUUUUAGGCACGUUUAAAAACUGGUCGAUCGUUGCUACGAAACUGCAGGUGUCAAAAUUCCUGGAUUUAAUAACAAAAUUCUUGGGUUUAAUAACAAAAUUCCUGAGUUUAAUAACAAAAUUCCCGAAUUUAAUAGCAAAAUUCCUGAGUUUAAUAACAAAAUUCUUGACUUUAAUCACAAAAUUUGUGAGCUUAAUGGUAUUCGUGAAAUUUAAACAUAUUAUAUCGUAUAUAAUAAUUACAAUAAAAAUUUGUAUUAUUCUUGCGGAGAGUGAAUUUUAUCUUUAAAUACAAAUAAAAAAUAAAAAGAAUAAAGUAGUUAAAAAUUUAUAACGAUAAUUUUAAAUGUGGUAUUUUCUUGCUUUCUCAAUUUCAGCAUCAUAUCAGUGAACUGAUUAUUUAUAAUCAAUGUGUCAAAGUUAUAAACAAGGUAAAAUGAUUUUUAAACAUUUCAAUUGUAUUAUACGUUACUUAUCGAUUAUCGGAACAUCAGUAUACAAACUUAACAGUUAAGCGAAAAAUUUCGAAAACGUGUUUAUAAAAUAAUGAAAAAAUGAAAUGUUAAUUAAUUAAAUAUUAUUAUUUUCUAAUUUGUAAGAAUGUGGCAAUGCAGGAAAAUCAAUUGUAUAUGUGUAUUCAGCACAAAACGGAAGAAAUUCUGACCUACUUAUUUUUCAAACUAUCUUCAAAUUAGAUAAUGGAUUCUAAUAUAUUUUAUUUAAGUGGUGUAAAUUCGUUUCUUCGUUAGUAAUAUUUAAUCUCAUUUUGUAAAAUGAUGGAGGAUUACUAUAUGAUGAUACAAUAGUACCUCGAUUUUAGCGGCUGAGGGAACAGAUCAAUAAAUCCGUGCUCUUCGAAGGAUGCUAGAUGGCUCUUGCACCCUCUCCGCAAGGAUAGUCCUGCACCCCUAUUUCAGGUAAACUCGACGGCGAUAUUUCUUCAAUCUGCACAGUCGUGCCGCAUCCACCGCCGGUUGUGUACCUAUCUCGCGGUCUUCAAAAUACUUCGUACACGUAUCUCUUUCCGAUAAAAGUUCUUGAAAGUCGUAUUCAAAAUUAAAUGUGAUAGAAACGUGUCACGAAUUUUGUCGCGUAAUCGCUAUAAAUAAAUUAAAGGAAGAAAAGAAGCUCUAAAGUAAAUUAAUUAAAAAGGAAAGAAAAUGAAAAACGAUCGCGUAAAUGACAAAUAAUCGAAAAAAUUAUUAUCAGUGAAGUGUUCCUGAAAACUUUGUCGUGAGAUAGGAAAUAAUUUUAUUUUUAGUCGUUUUUAUAUUUUCUCCCUAUUCUGAUAUUGUCUAAGCACGUGUGUCGUUACGUUUCAUAAAUUUUUUAUUUUUCUGUUACCGCUCGUUUAUUUAUGGACGACGGUACUUACUAAAUCUCGUUAACACGCACAGUUUUCCCACGAGAAACGAAAGAACAACAUGAUUUUUACGAAAUUUAAGCGCAAAUUAAAUAUUUCGCAACUUUACAACGAAUAACUAGCUUUGAGAUUCGUGUGGAUUAUUUUGUUAAAGUGACGUACGUUUUACGGAGAGUCUUAUUACUGGAAUCAUACUGGAUAUCAUAAAAAGUUAUUUGACGAGAAUGUGUCAAGAAAGUUUCGUGGGAUUUAGGUUGAAAAAUAUUAUUUAAGCCGCGUGAAUGGUGAUAGCUGUGCGGAAAGUGCGAACAAUUUACCCAAAAUAUCUGAAUAUUUUACCGAAAGUUUCCACGUAAUAUUUCUUUAAGUAUGAUAUCCAUUUUUUGUAACGCAAGAACGAUCAAAAAAACGUGACCCAGAAAAGUGUGAGAUCGAAUACAAGUUACAUGAUAUUCUGAUGUUUAACGUGCUCAUUAAAUCAAAGUUCCUUACUAACAAAAGAGGAAAGGAAAAAGGGAUCGAAGUUGACAGAUUUUAUUUAACAGGAAGAUCUUCGAAAUUUUAUAUCGACGGUCCAUUGAAUAAUUCUUCACGCGCUGGAUUAUCGAUUAACUAAUACGCAUAUGAGAAAAUUACAAUAAAGUAUUACAAAUUCUAAUCAUCGUUUAAAACAUCGUUUAUUGUGUGAAAAAAUGACGCGAUAGAAUGUUAAAUUUGGAUGUGAAUGCGCUCAAGUUCGGUAUAAGGAUACACGCAUUUAGAUGUCUUCGUGCUAUCAUGAUAUCGAAAUCAAAGAUGCAUCAACCAUAUUCAUCAGGGACAUAUUUGUCAAACGAGAGUUGCAGCAAUUAGUAGCCGCUGGAAGACCAAUCAUGAAUCGAUCUAUCUGCAUCAGUUACGCCUUAUGAGCCUUAAUCCGGUAAAAGGAAGGGCGGAUGAUCGUUAAACCCUCUCGAUAUCAGCGCGUGAGGACCAAGAUCGACAGCUGGCGGAAAGAAAAUCAUACUUGAUCUCUCAAAGACACGACGUAAGAAUUUAUUAAAGUUUCAUUAAUCGCAAGGAAUUUUGGGGGAAAUUCGUAUAUCAGAUACACGCCAUCGAAUAGAUUUUUCUACAAGAUUCGAGAAUGACUUCUAGAAAUACAGAGUAUUAAGUUUUUUAACUGCAAUGUUUACUGACGUGAUACAUUUACUGUCAUAGGCAAGAUAAACAACAGCUUUCAUAUCGAUCUUCUUUUAAACUAAAAUGAAACUGAAAUAUAGGAGAAAAUUGAAUUAAAACUUGUUACAAGGCCAUUUGUUAUGAUAUGAACGAAAGUGAUUAGAAACUCCGAGAUACAGUUUCAAGAUCUGCUAUGAUAUAACUUCAACGAUUUUGUGGAUGUGAUACACGAUGUUUCAAGAGAUGGAGACUUUGGACAGAAUAGCCAGAAAUUUUUCAAACAGCUCGUACAACGAAACUCACAAACUCUUCGAUGACUUUGAAUAUAAUUUCGAUCGACAUCAAGUGGAGAGAAUAGUAGUAGUUGUGGUGCCGAUAUUUUUUGGUAUGAUUGGUAUCCUUGGACUCGUUGGGAACUGUUUGGUCGUUAUCGUGGUUGCCGCGAAUCCUGGAAUGAGAUCAACCACGAAUAUCCUAAUUAUUAAUCUAGCCGUGGCGGAUCUAUUAUUCGUCAUUUUUUGUAUACCAUUUACCGCGACCGAUUUUGUGCUACCCUACUGGCCCUUCGGCAACUUCUGGUGCAAGAUGGUUCAAUAUCUCAUCAUCGUCACUGCCUACGCCAGUGUUUACACCUUAGUCCUCAUGAGCCUCGAUAGAUACUUAGCAGUGGUUCAUCCCAUUUCCUCCAUGUCAUGGAGGACCGAAAACCACGCAAUCGUCGCCAUCUGUAUCGCCUGGGCGAUGAUUUUCGCAAUAUCCACUCCUGCAUUCAUCGUCCACGGCGAGGACAUGGAUGACUUGUCGUCGGAGAACCUGACGGCUUGUCGAAUCCUACCGCAAUAUAGUUGGCCGUUAUUCCAGUUGUCGUUCUUCCUGAUGAGCUAUCUGCUGCCACUGACGCUGAUAUGUUUCUUUUACAUUUGCAUGCUCAUCAGACUCUGGCGCACUGAUCGCGUCAGCGCCGAAAGUCGACGCGGAAGAAAGCGAGUUACGAGGCUAGUCUUCGUCGUCGUUGGCGUUUUCGCCUUUUGUUGGUGUCCUAUACAGGUAAUCCUAGUGACAAAAGCAUUGGAUGUGUACCGAUUGACAUCAGCGACAAUAAUGGUGCAAAUAGCGAGUCAUAUUCUGGCGUAUACGAACAGCUGCGUCAAUCCUAUUCUUUACGCUUUCCUCAGUGACAGCUUUCGGAAAGCUUUUCGAAAAAUUAUUUACUGCAGACCUCGACCAGAUCAAACCAGACAACUGGGACCAUUGACGAAGACUACGAGAGCUGCCAGUACUGGUGACAUCCUUUAGAGACACGAGAGGCUGGCGGAAUCAUGUUCCAAGUACAGGCGCGGUUGACGAGCGACGCAGGAUUCAGCGAAUGUUUUCUGGCAAAGUAUGGACACAGCCAGCGAGGAGGAGGAAUACGCAGAGUUACGUGGAUAUUCGUCUGUACGUAGCGAGAAUGCGCAACGAGAACUCUCAGCUUUUCGAGAAGCAAGCUAUUUUUGGUAAUGUAUUAUACGUGUCCGUUUGAAGUUCAUUUGACAAGAUGGAAAAGAGCUUCCUGGAAAAGAACCGUUAGAUUGUUCAUUUUGCGUGUAAUAAUAAUUGUUUGGCAUAUGAGAUUAUGCCAAGUUUACGAUACGAACGACGCAUCAGUUAUUUUUCAGAAGUUAAAGUUUUCCCACGUUGCACGUUAUAAAGUUUGCAACGAAAACCACGUGGACAACUUAAUUGACAUUUUAGGCGCUCGAUAAAAUGGACAAAGUUUAUCGAAACUUUAGAGCAAAUCUCUUCAGCUAUGCGUUCGUAUAUUAAUGGUAUCGUUUCGUGUCGAUUAUGCAAACGUUUGGCAAAUAGAAAAUGCGACUUGGAAUUUUAGGUUUUAAUGGCUUGUUGCUAACUCCGAAUAUCGGAGGAAAACCUGCCGAAAAGGAUGGUGCCUGCCUUUUCUGCGAUGCCGAUUACAGCGAAGAUAAAAGAAGAAAAGAGCAGACGCGGCAUGUUUCGUGUGUGAAAUGUGAAUACGUUGUGAAUGUAUUGAUUACGACUGUCGUGUCUACUGCAAAUUGAUUUUAAGACGCAGAAUCGAUAUUUAGGAUUGUUCGUAUGCUGCGAUUUUUUCUGCCUGAUUAAAUCGUACGAGAAAAUAAUUUUAUCUACUAGUUUUUUAAUCUUAUACAACGAAGAUAGAUUGGAAUACCGCGAAUUAUCCAAUCACCUGCAUCGUAACAAAAUUGCUACUUUAUGCCAUUUUUCAAUUAGACCAGUUUCAGGUGCUUGUUAUUUUUCAAUAUUACCGAGAGUUUGAAAUAUAAAAGUUUAUUAAUAGUUUCUCUCUGGUAUUAUGCAAUUUCAUUUGCUCCAUCGUCUGUUGUAAUUUUUUAUUCGUCUCAAACUAUAAUCGCACUUCAUUAUUUCGCGCAUAAUACGCUUCCUCGAAAAGUAACAGAUUAUCUGUUAGUUUAUGCGAUUAAGUACGUCGGAAUUUAAGAUGUCGAAUAGAUUUUAACGACGAAAGCUUCGGGGAUUGCAAGAACAAAGAUACUCUGCCGAGAAGAUAGUCGGAAUUAGCGAAACUUCGCAUCUGUACUUGGGUACUGGGUUUCGCAAAUUAGAAACUUGCAGAUAGAAUCGCUGUAAAUUUUGGAAAUAUUAAUUUCGAUAAUAUUUAAUUUCUAAGAAUUUCUAAGAAAAUGCAACAAAUAAAGGCAGUGAAUCGACGAAUGCUUGCAAAGUGACAGAUAGAAAAUUUUUCCGUGAGUUUCUUGUAUUAAAAUCAACGUCGGAAAUAUUUGGUUACGCAAGUUUUAGAAGCUCGCAGCCACAACUGAGAAUUAAAAAUCACCCGAAACAAGCUUGAAAUCGAUAAACUAGCGAAAAAUUUAUCCGAAAAAUUCAGUCAGAAAUUCAUAAAAAUUGUUGAAAUUUCAAACUGGAAAAGAUUUCCAACGAGAAAUUUUUAUGGAAUUCAAUUUGAAAUUUCCACGAAUGUCCGCAAGCAGUAGAAAUCAAACAAAGAGCAACGGUGAACGAUCAAAUUGAUAAAGACUUGUUUAGCAGCUAGGAAUUUGUUCACCUUGCGCGAUGAACAAGUUAUUUGAAUAGUUGCUGUUGCCAACGAGGACUUUGUUUAAUUAAAGUGGCAUAAGCGCGAGACGCUGCGUGAAUUAUCGCUGUGUGCCUUCGUUCCAAGUAUUUCAGGAAUUUUAAGAAAUUUCAGGAAAUUAAGAUCUUCCGAAUUGUGAGAUGUUGCGCGAAAGCGCCGAUAGGAAAUUUUCGUCUGAAAAUUUCAUGAAAAUUCGCUGCCCGGAGUUCUCCAAUGCAAAUUUCCAAGUCUUCCCCCAACACGCGUGCAGAACUCCACGCGCAACGAAAAGAACGAAACAUUGGAUGAAAAUUUUAAUUGCGUUACUUAGCUCGAAACACCGAUGUGAGAAAAAGAAUUAGACGGCCACGAA